GUGUCGGAAAGGUAGGCAUAUCCGGCUCCGGUGUCAUGGCCGGCCCCUAUCCUGAGUGCGCUCCGGCUGCGGUCGGCGAGAAGAGGCAGCAGUUUGGAAGCAGGUUCCUGAACGAUCCGGCGCGCGUCUUCCACCAUAAUGCCUGGGACAAUGUGGAGUGGUCGGAAGAGCAGGCCGCCGCAGCGGAGAGGAAAGUCCGAGAGAACAGUACCCAGCGGGUGUGCCAGGAGAAGCAAGUUGAUUAUGAAGUCAAUGCCCACAAAUACUGGAAUGAGUUCUACAAAAUCCACGAAAACAGGUUUUUCAAGGAUAGACAUUGGCUUUUCACUGAAUUCCCAGAGUUGGCACCUAGCCCGGACCAAAAUGACUUUAAUGAUUGGCUCUCAGAGAACAAGAGGAGUGAAGUACCUGAAGGUAGGAGCAAGGAGGACGGACCUGGUUUAAAGAUAGAAGAACAGCACACGUGUUCUUCAGAUAGCCUUGGACGUAAAACACAGGUGCCUCCUGUAGAAGGAGAUGUAACUCGGAAACUCAACCGCCUGGAAAUCUGUGCUGAUGAGUUCCCUGGAUCCUCAGCCACCUACAGAAUACUCGAGGUUGGUUGUGGUGUGGGAAACACAGUCUUUCCGAUUUUACAAACUAACAAUGAUCCGGGACUCUUUGUUUACUGUUGUGAUUUUUCCACCACAGCUGUAGAACUGGUCCAGACAAAUUCAGCAUACGAUCCUUGUCGGUGCUUUGCCUUUGUCCAUGAUCUGUGUGAUGAAGAUACGAGUUACCCAGUGCCCGGGGAGAGCCUCGACAUCAUCAUCCUCAUAUUUGUUCUUUCGGCCGUUGUUCCAGACAAGAUGCAGAAAGCUAUCAACAGGCUGAGCAGGCUUCUAAAGCCCGGAGGGAUGAUGCUUCUGCGAGAUUAUGGCCGCUACGACAUGGCUCAGCUUCGGUUUAAAAAAGGUCAGUGUCUGUCUGAAAAUUUCUACGUGAGAGGUGACGGUACUAGAGUUUACUUCUUCACACAAGAGGAGAUGGAUACGCUUUUCACUACUGCUGGACUCGAAAAGGUUCAAAACCUGGUGGAUCGCCGAUUGCAAGUGAACCGGGGGAAACAGCUGACAAUGUACCGGGUUUGGAUUCAAUGCAAAUAUCGCAAGCCUCCUCUGUCUGGUGCUGGCUGAGAGGCACCUGCUCCUGAUGGGAUAGGAGUUCAUUGGAGUUUUUUAAAAAAGAACAUAUGCAAAUGGUGUCUUGAUCUUGGAAAGUUCAAGGAUUCAGACUUGUACCUUGAACCUAGGACAGAUUGCUUUUUAUCAAGAUUUUAAUAAUUGUCCUUCAUAUUUGUGAAGGCCUUUAAUAUAUACUUUCCUCAAGUUUGUUUUGUUUUUUGUUUUUUUUUUUAAGUAGGCUCCAUGCCCAGCAUGGAGCCCAGUGCCGGGCUUGAACUCAAUGACCCUGAGAUUAAGACCUCAACUGAGUUCAAGAGUUGGACGCUUAACCAACUGAACCACCUAGGCACCCCAUCCUCUGGUUUCUUUCUUUCUUUGAGAUCUCAAAGAAUCUUUCUUGCCACUUUGUAAUUUAUCAUAACUGAAAUGGUCAUGGGAAUCAUGAAUUUAAAGACAUCAAGAAUUUAUUAUAUAUGAAUUGAAGAAAUCAAGAAAGUAUUAUAUAUUAAAGUGUCAUUUGAGUUGCAUUAAAUUAUUUCAGAGUUCAAAUACCUAGGCUAGGCAGUUGAUACAUACAAAGGUGAAUACAAAUUUUGUUCAGCAAGAAGCACAUCAAGAAGAAUCACCUUUCUUUGAAUGUUUACCUGAUUCAAAAACACUGCUUUAAGGAGCAUCAAAACGAGUCCUUGUUGUGUAUUUAUUUGGUCAUGGUCUCCACUUAACCUCAGUUCUGUGCAAUUUUAAGCACUGUUUUCCCUCUAAGUAACCUCUUUCUAAAAAAUUAAAAGGAUCUUGACUUUUUA